AUGGAGGACAACGUCAAGAUGCUCUACUCUCGUGUCCAAACCCUGCUCCAGCGCCGGCGCAAGCAGAAGAGGGCGUUGCAAAUCUCUGCUCCUUUCGACUUGAAGCUUGAGCCAGUCUCCCUGCCAGGCGUCUCCGAGGACGAAAUUUCUAUGCUCCGCGAAAAGGCAGUAGCGAGCCGCCUCGGCGUCUACGAAACCAUGUCCCCUCGAAACCGCACCUUGAACGUGCACAAAAUCUCGCGCCCGAAGCGUCCCACAUUGCCCACAUACCCUGCCAUGACUGCUCGAUCGGCGUGGUGA